AUGCAAUCUGUUGUCUUCAAAGGUCCCUUUCAAGUGGCGAUUGAGGAGCGGCCAGUCCCCAAAAUCGAAAGUCCAAGCGAUGCAAUAGUCAAAGUUCACUAUACCGCAUUAUGUGGCAGUGAGCUCCAUGUUUAUCGCGGCCACCAACCAUCGGGCCCAGGCUUCAUCAUGGGCCACGAGUUCAUGGGUGAGAUCUAUGAGACAGGAUCAGCCAUGAGGAACUUCAAAAAAGGGGAUCAUGCAAUUGCUGCGUUUACCACCAGUUGCGGGAAUUGCUUCUACUGCAAUCGCUCUAUGAGUUCGCGCUGUAUCGAGUCAAAACUCUUUGGAUCGCCUGUACUUGACGGCGGACAUGCUGAAUUUGUCCGUGUACCAAAUGCAGACGCGACGCUGGCUCCCGUUCCAGAUGGUAUCGACAAGGCUAAGCUAGUCUUUAUGGCUGAUAUCUUUCCUACGGGGUACUUUGCCGCCUACAAUGCAUUCAAGGGAAUACCACAAGAAGAAAUUGAAUCAAGCACUGUAGUCCUCCUUGGAUGUGGCCCAGUUGGUCUGUUUGCAUUGGCAAAUGCGCAGUCCUAUAAGCCUAAAAAUUUAAUAGCUGUUGACAAAGUUGAUUCUCGCCUGGAGAAAGCAAAAGAUUUCGGAGCGGAAGCAUGGAAUAUAAAAGACGAGGAGGCUCUCAGGGAGAGAGUAAAGAAGCUCACUGAUUCCAGAGGAGCUGAUAUUGUCAUCGAGGUAGUCGGACACGCCGAUGCGCUCAGAGCAGGAUUUGAUAUUCUUAGACCAUUUGGUCGGCUUUCGAGCGUUGGUGUACACAAUGAGGCGGUUCCAUGGUCUGGGUUCGAGGCCUAUUCGAAGAACUUGACCAUGGAGACAGGGAGAUGUCCUGCUCGGAGUAUUUUCCCAAAUGCCCUCAAAUCCUUUCGCGAGUACCAAGAUCGAUUUGACUUCAUGGCGGCAGACAUUCGCCCACUCUCAGAGGCACCUAAGAGGUAA